AUGAACGGCGCACCGGAGGCUGCCAAGAGCGUCAUACAACAUCCUCAAGAACGCAUGUCGUCUCGAGAGCGGUAUUAUCUACGACUAAAAAGGGCAAUCGACGCCGUCGACUCUAGAUUGGUACGCCUUGCGUGUCUUGGUCGCCCGGGCCAGUGGAUUCUACACCACGAAGAUAUUUAUUCGGCGACGCUAGACACGCGGCCGCAUUCUCGAAACCCCGACGAAGAGGUCCCCGUUCGUGGUCUUACCUAUCCGGAAAAAGGCAUAGUCUGGGCCGGAAAAGGGACGGCGCCCAACUUCAAAGACAUCAGGUUUUGGGAGGGCAAGCGCAAAGAUCUCGACGAAAAGAUCGAGCAGGUCAAGGCCAAGCUUGUGCAGCCUCGCUUCACGCCAGAGGAGCUGCAGUCACUCGAGUCGCUGGAGGAGCAGGCUGGCCAUUUCUUCCAUACGGAGUUGGACGACAAAAGAAAGAGAAUGGUAGGCGAUAAAACCGCUGUUUUCAACAUCUUGUUUGACCUUGCGGGACUCGGGCGCCCCGGUCAGUGGAUCUUGCACAACGAAGAGCUCUAUCAUCCCGCCAUCGACACCCGCCCUCAGACACGAGCAGCCGAGAAAAGCAUCGUGAUUCGCGACGCGACCUACAAAGGGGACACGCGGGUUCUAGGUGACGGGGUCCUCGUCGACUAUGAGCUCACCUGGGCUGGAAACGGGCCGCAACCCGACUUCGCCGACUUCGAUUAUUGGGAAAACAAACGAUCGGAUCUGCGUGACAAGAGACGUCAAGUCAAAGAGGGACUUGUGCAACCCCGUUUUACGCCAGACGAGCUGCGAACAUUGGAGUCGAUGGAAGGUGACGAAGAUCACGCUUUUACAAUAUACGCUAGAGAGCGAAGGGAGAAUCCCUCUGUGGUCAAAACGGCCGAAUCUUUCGCUGCGUUGCAGAAGCUAGCGGAGACGCAGCAAAUGGUUAUAAGUCUAAUGGACGAUCUUUGGGAUUGUGGACUUGCCGGAAAGUGGGUGUUACAUUACGAAGAUCUCUAUCUCCCUGUAUACGACACCCGCUUCCGAGAACGGGACAAGGACGAGGAUAGGGACACUCUACCGGGGCAUAUCGUUAUAAACAACGUUAUUGACGAUUUUAACGAUCUUCGUUUUGACAGCCGCUUCAGGUCGCCGCCCGACUUCGGCAACAUUGCCUACUGGGAAGAAAAGAGGGCGGAACUGCGAAAAAAGAGAGACGACGUUGAAGCGGGCAAGUUGGUGACGCACCACUUUUCAGAGGGCGAGCUGAUGAGAAUCGAGCUGCUCGAGCGCGCCAUCCUAGAGCAACGCGAGCGCGAGCGGGACCGUCUCUUCAGCAGCACGGAUCAAAAGACAAAAGGGGUCGCAGCGUGGCUUAACGGGGACACGGAGGGAGCAAUGCCAACACCGCCGCAGCCGCGAACGCCGACGCCGCCGCCACGCACCCAUCUAUUAUCCGGUGUGCCGAACCAUGCCGGACGACGGGGGCAUGUAACGGAGAACGUGGGCGCCGAACACAGCCAACUACGCAACUCGGAAGCGUUGAAAAGAAAGCGGUCGACGAACAAUGAAGACGAGUCGCUUCCUGGACACGCCAUGCGCCCUGUCAAACGCAACAAAAAGCAGUCUCAGCCAGAGCUAACAUCGACGAUGCCAACCAUGCCAACCAUGCCAACCCGGCGCCCAUCGCCACCACAAAAGGUGCGGGGCCAUGUACGAACUGCAACAUCGAUCUCGCCGCUGGAUCCAUCAAAUGCAAGGGGGGAGACGGAUAGCCGCGUGUUGGCGGGGCGCGGCACCCAACGAUCGACGGGCUUUACUCAAGGAGGAAGCGGUGUUGUAGGGCGGCGGGCGUAG